AUGGGACCAGUUUCUGUUCCUCCCAAACCUCAGAGCUUAAGCGCUUGGGAAGAUUUGGCCAAGAUGACGCAUUUGCAGGCUGGGCUCAGUCCAGACACUAUAGAGAAAGCUCGACUGGAACUGAAUGAAAACCCAGAUGUUUUACAUCAGGACAUUCAACAAGUCCGAGACAUGAUCAUCACCAGGCCAGACAUUGGGUUUUUACGUACAGAUGAUGCCUUCAUCCUGCGAUUUCUCCGAGCCAGGAAGUUUCACCAACCUGAUGCCUUCAGACUCCUGGCCCAGUACUUUCAGUACCGCCAGCUAAACCUGGACAUGUUCAAAAACUUUAAGGCAGAUGAUCCUGGGAUUAAGAGGGCUUUGAUUGAUGGAUUCCCUGGAGUGCUGGAAAAUCGUGACCACUACGGCAGGAAGAUUCUCUUGCUGUUUGCUGCCAAUUGGGAUCAGAGUAGGAACUCCUUCACCGACAUCCUCCGCGCCAUUCUCCUGUCCCUGGAAGUCCUUAUUGAAGAUCCCGAGCUCCAGAUAAAUGGUUUCAUUUUAAUUAUAGACUGGAGUAAUUUUUCCUUCAAGCAAGCCUCCAAGCUGACACCUUCUAUCCUGAAACUGGCCAUCGAAGGACUGCAGGACAGCUUUCCUGCCCGCUUUGGAGGCGUCCAUUUUGUCAACCAGCCCUGGUACAUCCAUGCCCUGUACACGCUCAUCAAGCCAUUCCUGAAAGACAAGACAAGAAAACGGAUUUUCCUACAUGGAAACAAUUUAAACAGUCUUCACCAGCUAAUACACCCCGAGUUUCUGCCCUCUGAAUUUGGAGGAACCCUUCCUCCUUAUGACAUGGGGACUUGGGCCCGGACAUUGCUUGGCCCUGACUACAGCGAUGAAAAUGACUAUACCCAUACUUCCUACAAUGCCAUGCAUGUGAAACACACCUGCUCCAACCUGGAGAGAGAGUGCUCACCCAAGCCCAUGAAAAGGUCUCAGUCUGUGGUAGAAGCUGGGACCUUGAAACACGAAGAGAAGGGGGAAAAUGAGAACACCCAGCCACUGCUGGCUCUGGACUGA